CUCUCUGUCUCUCCUUUGUAAAGGCGAAGUAAAACUUUCGUAUUUGCUUUGUCUUGUCAUGUGUUACAUACAUCUUGCUCUGUUCUUCACCUGCGGAUAACUCAUGCCAGAGCUUGUAAAAAAGAGGCUAGUAAAGUAAUAAUUACUAUUCAAGUUUCCAGUUUCUGUUGAACAAAGAUCUUGUUCCCUUGGAAAUAAAUAAAUAAAUAAAUAAAUAAAUGUUACGCAUGUCAUAAUUUGCAAUUAUACUUGUGUAUGUACCGUAUUGCUGAUUGGUAUAUAUUUUCCCAGUAGCUUGCUCUUUAUCAUUUCUAUUUAUUUUAUUGUAUCUCCAAAGUCAAAAUACAAUCGUUACUAUUACUGUUUUUUAAUCUAACGUGAAGCAUAGCUUGACAUUUUUCCAGAACAAUUUGAGACAUAUUUAUGCUCCAUCCCAACGUUCAGCUAAAACUCAAUAUUUUGUUAGAACAUCUUUUCUUGUUUUGCAGCAGGGUAUUUGGUCGCGGGGUGUCAGUGCCAUGCUAAAAGUCAGCAUCACGUGAGCAUAUAUUAGUCGCUGUGGUUCCACCUCUUCCUUUCAUCCUGAUUUCAGUGCUGGCGCAGCCUGGUUUUUUUCUUCAUGCUCUUUGUGAACACGGAUCUGCUACAAAACCUCCUUACAGAAACAUAAACAGAUAUCCCUCCGUGUUUGUGGUGAUCAGGAAACGUUUUUAAGGUGUGGAUGUUGCAGUUUUUAUGGAUUGUUGCAGAUUUUAGAACUAGAGAUGGAACAAAGCGGAUUCGAGCAGCGGAUGAUGUUCGAACGCGCAAUCGGAUUCCUGCUCGUUUUGCUUCUGUGGAGCGUCGCUGACGCGCAAUUAAGGUAUUCGAUCUCCGAGGAGGUCAGCGAAGGAACUGUGGUGGGAAACAUAGCAAGGGAUUUGGGACUAGACAAAAAGAUUUUGAAAGACAGGAAAUACCGGAUUGUAUCCAGUGAUGUGGAUCCGCUCUUCAGUUUAAAUCCAAAUGACGGAACCCUGAACGUGAUCCGGAAUAUUGACAGGGAGGAGGUUUGUGAGCAGAGUCGCUGUGUGAUAAAUAUAAAAACUGUGCUGGAGAACCCGUUAGAGGUUCAUUAUGUCGAAGUGGAAGUAUUGGACGUAAAUGACCAUUCACCUGCUUUCUCGGAGGAAAACAACAUGCUGGAGAUUCCAGAGUCCGUGUUGCCCGGAGCGCGAUUUCAGCUUAAAGCUGCAGGAGAUCCAGACAGCGGGCAUUUCUCUGUUCAGCAAUAUAAACUUAGCCCAAACGAUCACUUCCGUUUGGAAGUUAAAGAUAAAGGGGAGGACGGAAAAAUACCAAUACUUGUUGUUCAAAAACCUUUAGACAGAGAAACAACAAAAAGUCAUUCUUUGAUCCUAUCGGCCGUGGAUGGAGGUAAACCGCCCAAGUCUGGAAAUAUGAACAUCAUGAUUAAAGUUGUAGACAUUAACGAUAACGCACCCGUUUUCUCCGAUGAUAAUUAUGAGGUAACACUUUAUGAAAAUGCUGCUGCAGGAACACUAGUCAUUCAGUUGAAUGCAAGUGAUUUAGAUGAAGGUCCAAAUGGAGAUGUGGUUUACUCAUUUAGCCAAAAUGUACAUAAAAAUACAUUAAAGUUAUUCAACAUAAAUUCAGCAACAGGUGAAAUAACUGUUAAAGGUCAGAUAGACUAUGAGAAAAGGGAAAGAUACGAAAUUGAAAUUCAAGCAUCUGAUAAAGGUCUUGCUGCUCUUACAACAGAAAAAAGUGUGAUUAUUAAAAUAGUUGAUGUUAAUGACAACACACCUGAAAUCGAAGUGACCUCAUUUUCAAGCUCCAUUCCUGAAGAUUGUAGACCAGGAACUACUGUUGCUCUAAUUAGCGUGGAUGAUCUUGACUCUGGUCUUAAUGGAAAAGUGAUCUGUAAUAUUAAAGAAGAUGUUCCUUUUAGUUUAUCCCCUGCAUUGCAGGACAAGUCAUUUUCACUAGUCACCAAAUCUCCUUUAGACAGAGAGAAACAGUCUCAUUAUGAUUUGACAAUAACUGCAAAAGAUGCAGGUCAGCCACCAUUAUCAUCUGAAAAGACAAUACGUGUUGUUGUGUCUGAUGUGAAUGACAACAGUCCAGAGUUUACACUGAGUCCAUAUACUUUCUAUAUCACUGAGGGCAACAACCCAGGAGCCUCAGUGUUUUCUGUGAAAGCCUCUGAUGGUGAUGAAGGAGAUAAUGCAGUCAUCUCUUAUCAUAUUGUCAGAGACAGAGACGAACACAGUAAAUUAACUUCAUUUCUAAACAUUAAUUCGGAAACUGGAGACAUUGUGGCUCUGAGAAGUUUUGACUUUGAAACUGUAAAAACGUUCCAGUUCCAAGUUGUGGCCUCAGACUCUGGAAGUCCGUCCCUGAGCAGCAACGUGACAGUGAACGUGUUCAUUCUGGAUCAGAACGACAACGCUCCAGUCAUCCUGUAUCCAGUCAGCUCCAACGGUUCUGCUGAAGGUGUGGAGGAGGUUCCCCGCAACGUGAACGCAGGACACUUGGUGACUAAAGUCAGAGCCUAUGAUGCUGAUAUAGGAUAUAAUGGCUGGCUGCUGUUCUCACUGCAGGAAGUGACGGACCACAGUCUGUUUGGUUUGGACCGCUACACAGGACAGAUCAGAACACUUCGCUCAUUCACAGAGACAGACGAGGCUGAGCAUAAACUGCUCAUCCUGGUCAAAGACAAUGGCAACGUGUCACUGUCAGCAACAGCUACUGUCAUUGUCAAAGUGGUGGAGCCCAAAGAGGCUUUUGCAGCUUCUGAUGUGAAGAGUUCAGCCAAAGAUGAUGAGGAGACUGAUGUGACUUUUUACCUGAUGAUCACUUUGGGCUCAGUGUCGGUUCUGUUCCUCAUCAGCAUCAUCGUGCUGAUUGCAAUGCAGUGCUCCAAGUCCACAGAAUAUACUUCUAAAUAUCUCCAAGAGGCUAAUUAUGAUGGGACACUGUGUCACAGCAUCCAGUACAGAUCUGGAGACAAACGCUAUAUGUUAGUAGGACCCAGGAUGAGUGUAGGAUCUACUAUAGUACCUGGAAGUCACGCAAACACUCUGGUGCUGCCUGACAGGAGGAACACUUCUGAUGAGGUAAGACCUUUACUUGAUCUAAAAAAUGCAUCAUUAUGUCAGAAUUACAUUUAUUUAGAAACCUGCUUUCUUUCUAUUGUUUUCUAAUUUCCAAAAUGCUUUCCAAUCUUUAUUGUGUUCCCUUGAGCAUGCGUGAUCUGUUGAACCUUUGGAACACAGCGAUUCUUGAAUUUAGAGCUGAGAUUUGUAUUUUGCAGCCUGUCAUGUUAUUGACUUUUCUCCAGCUUUUGUCUUUGACUUGUGAACAGUCUAGUUUGUUCUUCUCUUAUGAGCUUUAUGCUCUAUAGGGACUGUUGCUGCUGUUUAGUGCAGGCCUGUCUAUCUGAAGAUAUUGUUUUGUUUUCAUUUGUGCAGACGUGUCCAAUGUUUGGUUCGUUCAGGUCAUGAAUUAGAAAAUGGUUGAGGUGAGUGUUUCUGAUGUUUCUGCUGUGCUGCAAUGUGGUUGGCUCACUUUGUGGUAGAUUCAUUUUUAAUAUUGCUGGUUGUGUGAAAGCAGGGACUUUGUGUGGUGCAUAAUUACACAAGUAGUAGCUCUCAGGUUUUGGAGCAUUGAGGUUAGUAACUCAGUGCUGUUUGAAUCCACUGUUUUUGUGGCCCUUUGAGUUGUGAUGACACUUUACCAUGGUGUGCAUCAUUAGUUAUCUGGUGGUUGUGUCGUAAUAACUUUGGACCUAUUCUUCAGGUUGAUCCUAGUAAUUUGCAAAUAUUUUAAAACGGGAAGGUGUUAAACCCUUCUGCAUCACUGGCCUGUCUUUGUGAAGCUUUCAAACACACUGAGUGGCUGAAGAUUAAAAUCCUGCUAAGAGGAGUUUCAGCAACUCUCUCCUGAACAUUGCUGAGGACACUUUAUGAGAGUGGCUUUGGGGCUCCUGCAAUUAUCCCUGAUUCAGUGAGGAAUUUAA